CGUCUCUCUGACUCUGAAGUUAUGAACUGGGACGGCGUCUUCACAUCAAAUGCACAUCGACUUCAGGACUGACGAGGGACAACGAGCAGCUUCUUGUCUCCCAGUGUCUCCUGGACACAUGAAGGAGGACCGGGUCUGGAAACUGACCUGAAGAGACUUCAGCAGGUGUGGACUCUGCUAUGAGUCAGUGUGAGGACAGAGAGGAGGGAGCCCCUCCCUCUAAAACCACUCUGUGGGGGGACCAUGACAGCCAGACCAAAGCUCAGAGGAUGCAGCAGCAGAAACCUGGACCUGGACCCAGCUGUGUGUCCAUGAAGAGUGACCGGUCUAUGGGUCGUCCUAUUGAGUUUAAAGAUGGACAAGGUGUUGGUGGAAGUCUGCAGCAAAGACCUAAACCAGGACCUGGACCCAGCUGUGUGUCCAUGAAGAGUGGCCGGUCUAUGGGUACUCCUAUUACCUUUAAAGAUGGACGAGCUGCUGAUGAAAGGAUGCAGCAGCAGAAACCUGGACCUGGACCCAGCUGUGUGUCCAUAAAGAGUGACCGGUCUAAGGGUCGUAUUAUUAACUUAAAAGAUGGACGAGCUGUUGAUAAAAGUCUGCAGAAAAGACCUGAACCAGGAUCUGGACCCAGCUGUGUGUCCAUGAAGAGUGGCCGGUCUAUGGUUUGUCCUUAUAACUUUAAAGAUGGACAAGCUGUUGAGGAAAGAGUUCACCAAGAGAGCUCAGAGGGCCUCGGUGGUCAGUCUGACCUGCAGCAGCAAACAGACCUGGACUCCAUAUUUAUGCUGCUGGAGGAGAACAUCGUCACUUUUGUAAAGAACGAGCUGAAGAAGUUUCAGAAGGUUCUAUGUCCAGAUUACCCAGAAUGCUUAGAGAGUCAGAGGGAGGAUGAGGAGGUUUUGGAGGGUGAGGAUGAAGAGCAGAGGAGGAGGAGCAGAGAAGCAUUUCUGAAGAUCACACUGCACUUCAUGAGGAGAAUGAAGCAGGAGGAGCUGGCUGACCGUCUGCACAGCAGUUGUUCAGAAACUUGUGUUGAAGGAUGCCGCCCCAAACUCAAGUCCAACCUGGAAAAGAAGUUCCAGUGUGUGUUUGAGGGGAUUGCUAAAGCAGGAAACCCAACCGUUCUGUAUCAGAUGUUCACAGAGAUCUUCAUCAUGGAGGGAGGGGCUGCAGGGGUCAAUGAAGAACAUGAGGUCAGACAGAUUGAAACAGCAUCCAGGAAACCAGACAGACCAGAAACAAUAAUCAGAUGUGAGACAUCUUUAAAGCCCCACCUGGAAGAGAUGAACCAAUCAGAACUGUGA